GCGGGUCACAUUCAGAGGCGCGACGCGGCGGCCACUCGCGGGUCACGGCGCUGCUGUGGGACUCGCGACUGUGGCCACGAGACGUGGUGGUGGUGGUGGCCGUGGUGGGAAGGCCAUCGAUUGGUGGCGCUGGUUGACACGGAAGGCAGCUCCUUGAAAAUGACGCAAAACUUCAAAGGCCAGGUUACGCUUCGGAUUUCUCACGGGGUAAAGGACCUCCAAAAGCUAUGGACAGAGAAUAAUGAAAACAAGAAACAACUUCACCAACUCAUCUACGAUGCCAUCAAAGGAGACGGUGAUGAUCAUCCGGUCAUCUUGAAGGCACACAGCACGCUGUUUGGCGUGGACCUGCGGUUUGACAGCAGGACGUCGUGCUCAGUGUUUCUGAAUCGCUACAUGAAUGGGGACAUGGAAUUACAGCUGAAUCGAGGCCCCGCGUCAAACCAUCCAGACAGAUACACCAUCUCCCUCCAGGUGCGAGAUCAAGUCCUCGACAAGCGCGACUUCCAUUUGAGCAACUGGCUCCGUCUCAUCGGCCAAAAUGAGCCCACGGCCUUGCAGGAUGACGAGAUGGAAAGAAUGCAACAGGAUUUGUCGAUACUGAAUUUGAACCCUAGGGAUGCGAGUGGAGGUGACCUUGUAAAUUCUAAUGCUGGCCCGAGUUCAUCUUGUCAACUGGGGGGCAAUCGGUCAGCCAGAAAUGUGGAUUCGUCACCGCAAGCCUGUACUCAACCGGCCAUUCCAACUCAUGAUGCAUGUCUGAGCGCUCCAAUGGUCAUUCCAGAGAACACGUUUCUUUUCCAAGAAAUACCAUAUGACGACCGGCAAAUCUCCGCGGAUGAUCACAAUAACUUCGCAAAAAAAGUGGGCAACGGUUGGAAGCCUGUGGCUCGGCAGCUGAUGAGAACGUGCAAGGGCCUGGAGGACCCGACCAUCGAAAACAUCGCUCAUGAAUACAACAAUGUCUACGAGCAGGCCUUCCAGAUGCUGAGAAAGUUCAUGCAGAGCGAGGGAAAGCGAGCCACCUUGAGCCGUCUCGUAAAGGCUCUCGUGGAUGAGCAGCUGUGCAAUGUCGUAGAAUGUCUGCUCGGCAUUUAAAAGGGCUGGGUUGCGAUGUCUGCACUGCCAAGGCUCUUGUACCUCUUACCCACUGCCAUAUCAAAAGCUGAGCCAGCACAACCUCAUGCUUGAAUGAAGUCGACUCACUUCUUGGGCAAAGGGUCUUUUCAACAGGACCAUUGGAUGAGACAAAAUCCUCGUAUCCCCUUACAGGCAGGGUUGGGAAUAAUAAGAAAUUAUUGAAAGUAAAUGCCCAAUAAUGUUUUGUUUUAAUUGGCUUAUUUAGAUAACUGACAGUAAUAUCCUCACCACUUAAAACUGGUGCAUUAGCUGCAGCGAGUAACAGCAUUUGAAGAUAAUGGGAGUAUUUCAUUGUGCAUUAUAUAAUUCCCUGGGACCCGUUGGAGUUGGAUCCUGGUGGCUCCCACACCCCCGAGUAUAUUUUUAUGGGUUUUCUUUUGGGUUUCAUGCAAACCGAAUGUAUUUAUAAGAGGACGGAGCCCUGAUGUAACCAUUCGGUGUGAAGGUUGCGUAAUGUUUCUUGGAAGAAUUCGCCAAUGCAUUGGUAAAAUGUUACCCUACAGGUUUCUGCGACAUUUUGCAUGGGUAUUGCCGAUUUGUUUGUAAAAGACUUCGAACAGUUUUUCAAUGAAUCUAACAUGCGUUCAAGCAUUAAGUGUGCAACAGUUAAUGUAUGUACUUGUACAGACAGUCCCUUUGUCAAGCCACUGCUAGUUGAGGGCCUCCCUACGUAGUGUGGACUAUAGUGAGCCACUUGACCAUACUUCACCAUGCUGGCACCUUGGUAAAGUACAAUUUUGCUGCACUGCCGACUGCUGCCCACUAGAUCUAGCCCCGCAGCCAAGCAGUCCAGGCUCAAGCCUGCUUAGUUUCCGAGAUCAGGUGCAUUGCAUGUAAUUUGGUCAAAGAUGUUCAUGUAUGUUAGAUCUGAAAGCGUCCAAGUCCAAACUGUAUUUGGCAAUGGGUGUGUUGGCAGACUUUUUUACGGCGAUAUCAGAAUAUAGUUGGUGGAUCAUGAGGAGUGUGAGCCACGAAUAGACUGAUGGGGAUGAAGCGUUCGUAAGGGGACCAGUGUAGGAAGCCGAUGAACAGUGGAGGUCUUUGAGCAAUGCAGUAUUCCACAUUUUCCUACCAUUCCGUAAGCAUUCUUGAUCAAAACACCUCCCUGAAAACGUCUUAAGACUCAGUGAGAUUUUGCACCUUAAUCUGUGAAUUGUUUCCCCCCCCCCCCCCCCGCAACUUGCCUACGAAGUUUAUUUGAAAUUCUGCAUCAAAAUUGUAGCCUCAUCAUGCUCCAAACAUUAGAAACUUCCUAUUGCGGUACCAUAGAAAAUGUCAUAUUUUGUUUAAUAUCCAAUUUUGUUGCGUGCUCAGCCAGGUGUGGUGCAUUGAGACAGGGCAGGAUGUCACAUUCCUUUUGUAGGGGCCAAUCAUUGGACAAACUUUGUUCACUUAGCACAAAAUGGUUCUCAAAUUUGCCAACCCCAGAGGUAUGAUGGACAGAGUUGACACUUGACCAAAAUUUGAACUUGCAACAAUUUGAUUGCAAGUUGAGCACUGUAUUCUUCCAGCCCUAUGCCAAAUUUAUUUAGUUUUACAAACUAACUGGUACACUUUACAAAUGAUAUAAAGAUUUGUAGCAAUAAUUGCCAGUUUUGUCUUAGAUGUUAGAUUUUUUGCAAAUUUUACACAUUUGGGGAUGAAUUGUAUUUUUAUGCCUUUUUUACCCAUGGGUUCAGGUUUUGGUAAUUUUUACUCCUUCAAUUACAAAGUAUAUUUUUUAUUCGCAACAUGUACUUUUGAUGCGACCGAUCCCUCCAAUAAUUUGUAUAUAUAGUAUACAAAUAAUCAUGAUUAAACUUAAAAUAAGUCA